AUAACCUAAAAGUCGCGCACAAAUUGUUGCCUUUAUAACGUGUGGUUCUGUGUAUUUAAAACUACAUUUAGUUCCCGGUUCUUCAAUUUUAUUGGUUGAUAGCAUCGCACCAUAACUUCUUUAUUGAACCACUUAUUGUUCAAUCGAAUGGUCCUAUCGGCGCUUCAAAAUUCUCAGUCGCUUUCUGAUUACUAACGGUGAAUGGUGUUUUCGUGUACAAAAUAUUGAUGUUGGUUUUUUUUCGAGGACUUUAAUAGUGCUAUGUGUGUGGUUAGUGUGUGAUGUUCUCUCGUAAAAGUGCUAAAGUUUUGUUUUUGUGUAAAUAAACGUGAAAACAGCUGACAAGCAAGUGUAGGUUUGAAGAUAGUAAAGAUUUUGAUCGCGAUAAAUUAGAUGGUGGUCAAAAUUAGUUUGCAGCGGUGUCGUAUACGCAUGUAAUGUUAUCUUGGCAAAUGUCUGCGGCUCUAAAAAGACUGAUAACGUGUGAUAUAAGGAAACAAAACAUAAUCUAACGCCGGAUUAUAAUAAUCGGGUAACGUCAUUCAUGUUACGAAGUGAAACGUCGCGGGACCAAACCUCUGUGACAGAACAGUAAAUAUAAUAGUGCUGUGUUAUUUGUACAAGUCGAUCGACUGUUCGAUUAGCAGGGAAGUGAAAGAAAUACUUACUUUUAUAAAAUAUCGAAAAAAAAAACAUUUUUGAAAGUAGUUUUGACAAAACGAAGUGACCUUAAAAAGCUUUAAAACAUUUUGAAACAAUUUAUGUACUAGUAAAAACGUUUUAGAACUACAAAAUAACACAAAAUACAAAUACGUCAAAUCUUUAAAGAAUUACUUCAAAUUGGUGAUCAGUUCUUUUUAAAAUGACGGAAAACGUACCAAAACCAGCGGCAGCCGCGAACAGUUUAAAAGCUACGAUUGACCCUAAGGUCUUAGUGAUUCCUGGCAACGCGGCAGACCAGAUAGGUGAAGCGAAAUCCCCAUACAAAGUGACUUGGAUACGAUGGAUCAUGCUGGCAUUCUUCGUCACGUACUCAACUUCCAACUCGAUGCAAUGGACUCAAUACACAAUAAUAGCUGAUAUUGUGAUGAGCUAUUACGGAGUGUCAAUGAACUUGGUCUCGUGGACGUCAAUGGUGUAUAUGGUGACGUACGUGCCGCUGAUCUUCCCUGCGAGCUGGCUGCUGGAUAAAACAGGUCUUCGAGUGACGACAGUCAUCGGCUCUUUCGGGACGUGCCUGGGCGCCUGGCUGAAGGUAUUCUCCGUGCCCCAGGACAUGUUCUGGCUGGGCUUCAUGGGCCAGACAAUCGUGGCCAUAUCCCAAGUGUUCAUCCUGAACGUGCCGCCGAGACUGGCUGCCGUCUGGUUCGGAGCUGAUCAGGUGUCUUCGGCUUGCAGCGUCGGUGUUUUUGGUAACCAGCUGGGCGUGGCGCUUGGGUUCGUCCUGCCUCCCAUCCUGGUGCGAGCCAGCGGCACCAUCGAGGAGAUCGGCGCCGACUUCCAGCUCAUGUUCUACUUGGUCGCCGGGUUCACCAGCGUGCUCUUCGUCUUGAUUCUCCUGUUCUUCAAAGCGGAGCCCCCGAGCCCACCGUCAGCGGCGGCCCACUACGGCGCGAGCCUUGACUCGGACUUCUUGAAGUCACUGAAGUCGCUGCUUACCAACCGCAACUACGUUCUCCUGCUGAUCUCGUACGGGUUGAACGUCGGCGUGUUCUACGCCAUCUCCACCAUGCUCAACCAAGUCAUCCUCACUUAUUAUCCGGGUGCUAAUCAAGAUGCGGGUCGUAUAGGCCUGGUGAUCGUGGUAGCAGGCAUGGCAGGCUCGGUGCUCUGCGGGCUGGUGCUGGACAAGACCCACAGGUUCAAGGAGACGACUCUCGCGGUGUACGCUGCCGCUGUGAUCGGCAUGGUCAUCUUUACCUUCACCCUGGAUUGCGGCAUCAUUGGUGUCGUCUAUCUUAGCAGUAUCCUACUUGGGUUCUUCAUGACCGGCUAUUUACCUGUGGGCUUCGAGUUCGCGUCCGAAGUGACAUAUCCUGAACCAGAAGGCACUACCUCCGGAAUACUGAAUGCUGCUGUCCAGGUCUUCGGCAUCGUACUGACGCUGUUAUACGGAUGGAUGUUGGACAAUGUCGGUGACCGCUGGUCAAAUCUUUGCCUCUGUGGCAUCCUGGCUUUCGGAACCGUCAUCACUGCUAUAAUCAAGUCUGACUUGCGUCGACAAGAGGCUCAUAAGAAGGGGUAAAUUCUCUGCGUUUAGUAAGGCUUUGCCUUCAGUAACUCAAAUAGGUAUAGUCUAAGCACGAACACAACCGCAUCUGUGGGUAGCUGGGCUACGAGACACGCCCUUCCAUACAUAAGCAAUAAUGACGGUUAUCUACAAAAAAACACAUUUCGAGUAAAACCAGACCAAUAGGCGAGGCGACAUAUAUGUAUGCCGUAUGAAAACUACUUAACCUACAGGUACCAUAACAUAAUUUAAAUAAUCAGGAUAUAAAAAUUAAAAUAACAAUAACGGCACUGUAUCUUCAAGACGGUAUUAAAGCUGUCUAUAUCUGUCAUGAACUGCAUGUCGGUCGCCGCCCAAAGCGCGGUACAGCGCUCGCGAUAAUCCUAUUGCAAAAUCUCUCAUUAAAGCCAAAUUUUAUUAGAGAUUAUCUGGCUUAUAAAGCCUCUAAUGUUUCUUAGAAAUAGUGAGCCAUUUGACGUUGGAAUAAAAGGUAAAGUGAAAAAUGUAGGUUUUAUAGAACGUGUCCUUGUUAGGGAUUAAAUUAGGGUGAUUUGCGUGAAUUUAUAUAUACUCAUAUCUCGUGUGAUGUGACAAUCGGAAUCUAGUCCUUAUUACUCCUACAUCCUGUUCCUGUCUUACCAUCGUUUAUAGCUGACGAAAGACUAUUAACAAAUAAUCUUGGGAAAUAUUUAAAAAUAAAUAAGCAUUAUAAAAUCAAAUCAAAUCAAAUCAAAUAUACUUUAUUGCACAGAACUAAAAUUUCAACAAUCAGACAUAACACAUGAAUACAGUACAAUUGUCAACUCAAUUUAGAAGGGUCCUCAUUUUUCAUGGGUGUACCCAAAUUUGGGCCUAAUGAGAGACAACAUAAAGUGGCUAUGCUACCUGUUAAGUACCUUCCUCAAUUAAAUUGCUAAAAUUACUUUACUGUUGCAGAGAAUACGUUCCACCACCUGUGCGCCAAGGAUCCUCCUUAAAAAGUCCUUCUGGCGAUGUCGGCCUUGCCGAGAUUAGCUUCUUUAAGAAGUUGUUCCAAAAAAGACGUCGAACCCCAUCGCCAGCUCCUGUCAUCUCUUAGCACCUCUUCCUACUACCUAUCCUGUCCUGUGUUUAUGUAUUCUGUUUUUACGGGGUCUGCACAGUUACGAUAUCGCGCGCGGUGCGUUGGUUAUCGCGGACUUCGACCCAUUACAGACGUAGGUAUGACAUUUAUCUACGCGUCGCGCUUGACAGCGUAACCCACCCAGACCCCGCUGAUGAUAAAAACAUUCAUGGACUCAUGCCCGUAAUUGUAUCCAGUGGACGAAGUUAGGACGUGUGAUUUGGGCAGGUGGUAGACUUGCACUGCAGCGUCAUACCCGCAAAUCGCGCGCGAGCAAAAAACUAAUAGUGUCGAUUCAUUUAUCGCGUCGCGCGCGAUUUUCAUGUGCUGUGUCACGAGAAUUGGGGUAAGAACUGAUAAUUGUGUAAAAACGUAAAUGACUUGUCUAUACUGUACUGGAUUUCCUGAAGUGUACGAGGACUGUACAAAAUCAAAUGUAUAAGGUAGCAAAAAUGGUUUCUUAAUUUAAGAAAAACCUUAUCAUGACAAAUUACAAAGCGGUCAUUUCUUUCUGGAGUAUCAGUAUAAAGUUUAAUGAAGAACAGUGAUGAAGAUAAAUUUUGAAAAAUCAAAAUAAUCUUUUUUUUUCAUUCAAAUCUUAAAUACCCUACCCUGAUGACGUCACUGAGCGUAGUAUAUACUUGUAGAGUAGUCACCAGAGCUAUGAUGUAACGAGACAAUAAUUGUGACUGCAUGUACUCUAGGGUAGGAAGCAUUUUGCCAAAGUGUACCUAUAGGACAAAACCGAUCAAUAGGAUCAUUUUAUGUGAUUAGAGAAUAAUAAAUAGUGAAAUACGUAUUAUAAUAAAUAUUAUAGUAAAUAUUUUUGUUCAUAUUAUUGUAUUUUGAAUAGAUAAUUAUUAUAUGCCUAAAGUUUGAUAAUAUUGCAUAAUAUAUUUCCUAUAUGCUUAUAAUAUCACUCCUAAUGUCGGAGUAGUUGCAAUCUCUAAUGUUUUGGUAAGCAAUUUAGCCUAAAAGGCAUUCUAUGUAAUUCCACAUUUUAAAUUUUACAAUGUACCUAUUUCCGAUAUACAUUUUAUUGACAACAUAAACCUAAGUAGUUAACAACUUAGUUCUAAGUAUUAGAGGUAUUUUUAGGUCCCUACUGAUUGUUUUAAAAUGCUGUUGACUUCGUGUUACGUACAAUCAGUGCGCUAAUUUAAGAUUUUUUCAAAGGAAACUUAGAACUAUUUACGCUAGGGCUUUGACCACAUCCGUAUAAUCCCAUAACAGCCAAUUACUACUUCAUUAGAGGACAGAAUAGCUUUCUAGUUCAAACAGAACGGAUUAUGUAUAGAUAAUUUACACGAAAUAAAUUCAAAUCAUGCCAAACCACAGUUCGGUGUCCAUAUUGAAAUCUAAAAACUAGCUUUGUAUUCUUAUUUACGUAGACGUGAGAAAGGGCUUCAACCAAUAAUCGUUCAACGUUUAUGUACAUCGACAGUAUCUAAUUAGUCGAAAUCCGCGGUAUUUGUCGCGUUUCUAUAGAUAGCGUGUGUCACGCUGCAAAUAUAAAUGCAAGUAAUGUAACCACCUAAAAUAGCAUUUUAUACCCAAUAAGCAGCUUUUUAAUAUUGCCUACCUAAGUAUUAUACUAUGCAUAAUAAUAAUACUUAUUACAAUUGUUGUUGCUGAUAAUUUGCAGAAUUAUUGUAUUAGUGUUCGAUGUCAUUUUAAUAUAAACUUUAUAAUAAAUUUUAUUAUAAUGGCUGGCUGUAAUUAGGUAAAUAAUUUAGUUCUAUUUAGCUUGUUUGUUCGAAUAAAGCUUUUAUCUAUAAAAAAUACAAGUAUAAUUACAACUAUACAGUUUGUUAGUUAUCGAAUCUUUUGAAAAGUAGGUAGUUAUCUUGCCCCCGAAACACGAUGUCCGCAUAUCUCGCGCUAUACAAUAAUUGAGCUGGUACGAUUGGUUUAUAUACCGCGUUUGACUCAUUAGGUUGUAGACUGUAGUUGAACUCAAUUAUCGGAUCGCGUGUAAUAAAUCGGUAGCAUGUUACGUGGGCAGGUUAAACUUCUAAGUAUUUACCUAUGAUUGAGUUUAUAUUAUUAUUUUUAGUAUAUAAUUGUAGUGUAUACUUAUUGUAUUUUUGUUAUUUUCUCGUUUGAACACUAGCAAGGCUUGUGAUCGGAUAGCUAAAGCUUAGGCCUAGAAUGUAACUCUUCAAGGUUUUAAACUAAAAUGUCUGUAGUGAAAUAUAUUUUGUAUGGCAACUAUUGUGAGCAAACCAGUAUUUUAUUAUUUAAGUCUUUCGGUAAUUGUAAAUACCUAAUAAGUAUAGUUUUACUUAUUUAAAACUAUAAAAAGCCAACUAUAGAGUAUUAAAAGCUAUAUUAUAAAACUUUCUUCUUUGAUUUCUUGUUGGUUAACCAUUGAAUAAUAUAAAUAACUAUAAUAUGAUCUGUGACUUCCACGUGGAAUUUUUUAAUUAUUUAUUUUUUAAUUAUACUUAUGUUAUUUUUUUAUAUAAAUACCCAAUUGUAAACAUUUGCAUCAAAAGGGAUCAUCAUUAAACAAUAAUUAACACUUAAGGAUUACCCACAGAAAACCUACACGAUUAAAGUACGUUAUCAUAAAUCAGCGAUCGCGGUACUAGUUUAAAAUCGCGCGCAACACGGAUCAUAUCGAGAAUUCUAACUAGUAUACACAACAGUACAGUUGUUAAAGUCUGCGAUAUACUUCGUGCCGCGCGCGAUAGCAAACCCGUGCCGCGGGUGCAGAAUAAUUAUGACUUAUGAGUAUAUACGACCCUUUUACAUGCAAACGACCAUAAAAAGCCAUAUGUCUGCUUACAAAAUAAAAGUAUACAAUCAAAAAAUGGUGACUAUUAGUAGAAAAAUAUACUAUUUUGCCGUACCAACGUGAUGGACAAUAAUAUUUUAAUAAAGUACACCGUAUAGGUAUAAAUAUAAUACAUUUUAAUAAAUAAAAGUAAUUGUAAACACGCUUAUCGUGCGCAUAUGAUAACUGUAAUGUAUCUACACGUAUCACACUGUAUACGUGCAGCAUGCUACGGCUAGUGAUACUAGAGCUGUUUCAAAAAAUACACGAGUCGCGCGCGACGUGUUAAAUUAUUUCACUUGUCGUAGCGACAUGCUACGUGUCUCGUUUAGUGUUACGUAUUUAUAUCAGUGUUUAAUUCAAAAAUAAAAUAUUAUUUAUUAUUGAUUUGAUUACUAUAAAAAUCUCUUUUAAUAAGGAUUGGAAUUCCUUUACUUUCAAACUUUAUAGGUAAUGGUAAUGAGGUAGAAUUUAUUUAUUUUAUCUGUUUAUUUCUUCGUCAUUAUUUAUUUAACAUUAAUUUUAUUAAAAGAAAUACGAGUUGAACCUAAGUAUAUUUUAUUAUGCUGCUAUAAUAAAAUAUAGCUACACACAGUUAUAAAUUAUUUCAGUUGUAAGUUAGCAUUAGUUAGUAUUACUUGUCGUAAAUAGGUCCUCUACCUAAUCAUUGAUGUGCUAAUGUUGUUUAAUAAAACUUGUUGAUGGAAAUAAAAAA